AUGACAAAGGCUGUAAUGGUGAGGUGUUACCCGCUCUGUUUAUUAACUCUUGUACUCUGUUGUGUUUGUGGGUUAGUAUGGGCUGAUAAUCCUAAAGCUUCUGAUGGCCUUAUUAAACCUUCUACUGUUGGUGUUCCUUCUCUUGUUCGCCGUGCUAUUCCUGCGGAUGAUAGUGCUGGGCUUGAGUUUGUGCCUGAAGAGGAGGACGAAGAAGGAGGAGGAGAAGAUGCUGAUUCUCUGUCUCUUGGUGCUAAAGCUAAGGGUUCUCAGAGUUCAACAGAGGAAGUUCAUGGUGCGAACUCACUGACAUCAAGCGACAAAGAAAUGACUGAACCAGUAGCCGAAACGGAGAUUUCCGAUGGUUCAAUUAGGGAUAACGAAAGAAAAAACGUUAUCAGUCAACCUCAGUCUUUGCAAACGGAGAGAGCUGUACAUGUCCAAAAUGAAGAAAAUGCACAAGAUCCACGGUUAGGUGAAUCAUCUGGCCAAUCUUUGAACGCUGAGGAUGGUUUAGCGAAGGUUGAUUCUAUUAUGCCUUCCACAACCCCUGCUCUAGUUUCUCAAGCGCAAGAGGAACAUAGAAGGGACGAC